AUGAACAUCCUUGCUCACUUACUGUUUCUGGCUUCCCUGUCGACAGCACAAGAUGAAGAAAUGCCAGUUCUAGGAGCUGAUCGAGUCCAAGAAUUCCAUGCCUGUGUUGGAUCAAAUGCCUACAUUCCAUGGCCUCUGAACGUUGUGUCCAGGACAGGUCAUAAGUCAACUGUUAUAUAUUUGUUCUUCCAGCGAUGGCAAAGUGAAAAAAGGAUACUAAUUGCCACUUUCAGUGGUCACAAUGAGUUGACAACAUACAGUCACUUCAAGAACAGGUUGAUUGUUUCCAGUGAGAACUCUGGGAUAUUCUUGCAGCAGACAUCCAUGGAUGAUGCAGGCACUUACACUGCCCAGGCACGUGUCAACAAGGGUCAGUUUUGGACAAGAAGCACCAAUUUAACUAUUCUGUUGCGACCAAUUAUAUUUGGUGGGAGACUGAAUGUCAGCAAAUCUGAGGUGGUGUUUGACUCCAGCAGAAGAAAUCAUUGUGUCAACUUGACCUGUGGCACACUGGAGUAUGCUGGCUACCCACCAGUGACUUUUGUUUGGACUAUAAAACUGAAAACACUGUUGAUGAAAACAGCGGUGGAUGACUUUGUGAGUACAGCACAGAUCUGCUCACCACACACUGGCGAUGUGGUGUGUUCUAUAGCAGGCUUGGCUUCCAUCUGUACAUAUGAUCAUGUAGCAUCCAUACACAUAGAUCUUCCAGACCCGCCUUCCAAUAGGAGCAUCCCAACUAAGUCUGCUGGAACACAGGAUCUGGCCCUGACCAUCAUCAUGCCAAUCUUAGCUGUCCUGGUGCCACUAACCAUUCUAGGGGUGUGGGUGCUCAGCCACAUUUUCAAGUCAUAUCCCCAGUACAGGGACCAACGCCAUCUGUCAGA